GACUGACCACUUUACGAUCACUCACCCUGCUGACAAAACGCCCGGGAUCAGCAUCUGUUUGCACCAUGCUUCCUAAGAAAGCCUUCAAGACAGGUUCCACUGCCCCUGACCCCCCGGCUCCGGGUGUGCUCCGCCUCAUCAGUAGCCGGUUCUGUCCGUACGCCCACCGGACCAGACUGGUUUUAGCUGCCAAAGGGAUUGAUUACGAGACCGUCAACGUCUGCUUGUACAAAAAGCCCGAGUGGUUCUUCAGCAUCAACCCCCUGGCCAAGGUGCCCACCCUGCAGCAUGACGGCAAAGUCGUGUACGAGUCCCUGGUGUGUAACGAGUACCUGGACCGGGUCUUCCCGGGCAGGAAGCUGCUACCGGAGGAACCUCUGGAGAAGGCGCGGAUCGGGAUGCUGCAGGCCGUCUGGGACGCCAAGUGUCAGCCCAAUCUUAUGAAAGUCUCCAUGUCGGAAGGAGAGGAACGACAGAAGGUUUUCGACGCCUUAAAGGAAGGAUUGUCCUUCUUGGAGAAGCACCUGGCCACACAGAGCGGGAAGUCUUUCUUCGGUGGUGACCAGCCCGGUAUCCUUGACUACAGCAUCUGGCCGUGGUUCGAACUGAUCGACCUGCUCCUGACUGAUGAUGACGUCAAGUUGCAAGAAGUCGAGUUCCCAGAACUCCUUGCGUGGCGAGCCGCCAUGUUUGAUCGUCCGGAGGUGCAGACCUGUGCAUUCGAUAUGUCUGUUUUUGCCAAAUACGUCGCAACCAUGCGCGCUGGUAAUCCUGAUCCAGACAUUGGCCUAGAAGACAGUAACUAAAUUCUACAUUCUACAUUCCAUUCAGAUAAAAAGUGGAUUUCUAUAUGUAUCUGCUUUCAAA